AUGCGAGGAGAGCUAAAAAUCGGCGGUGCCACGUCAUCAUCGGGACCAGCGACCUCAUAUGUGAUCCGUGGAGAUAAGCAGCCAUCGAACUCAGGAGGAUCACCAACUGGAGACUCAAUUUGUGCUGUUUGUGGAGAUGGACCAGCUAAAUUGCAUUAUGGAGUGUUAGCUUGUUAUGGAUGUAAAGGAUUCUUCAGAAGGACGUUGACUGGAAAAUAUCGAUAUGCAUGCAGAUUUGGAAAUAAUUGUAUUGUUGAUAAAUACCAGCGGAAUAGCUGUAGAUUUUGUCGAUUCGAAAGAUGCAUUCAAGCAGGAAUGGACCCAAAAGCAGUUAGGCCGGAUAGAGAUCAAACUGGAAAACAGAAAGUUCCUAGGAUAAAGAAGAAGCAAAUCGAUGAAGAUCUUUUGAACCAUAUGAUGAGGCUACAAGGGGAUGAUUGGUCACGGAAACUUCCAGUUGAGACAAGAAUACUUCUGAUGCAAUUGAUGACUAUUGAAGAUAAAGUAGUAAAAGGAGAUAAUAAUAUGAGUGCACAGAACACCGCUAAAGAUCCUAAAAGUAUCUCUCUUCGUGAAAUGUUCGAAUCAAAACCAGCGCUUGACGGAAGGCGGAUGGAGAUUGGAUAUGAACCAUUCAGAAUGGCGAAAACGGAAGAACUGGGAGUAAUUGCUCAUCGAAGAGCAAUUGCAGCUGUUGAUUGGGUUGAUUCUCUUACCGAAAUCGCUGAUGCAGUUGACACAGAAGAUAAAGUGGCACUAGUGAAAAGCUGCUACUCUCCACUGACGAUUUUCAACUUCUCCGCAAGAACUGCUCAAAAUACAAAGAAUCCAGAUAUUCUUUGUCUUUGUAGCCAUUCUUAUGUACCCAGACGAUUGCCUCCAGAGUUCAAUGAAACAAAUCAUCUCUCAAACUUCUUGAUUGAUCGAACAUUGAAUGAAUUGGUAGCUCCAUUGAGAAAAUUGAAUUUGAAAGAAGAGGAAAUCGUUCCACUGAAAGCGAUUAUUAUCUUGGAUCCGAAUGCCAAAGGACUCUCCGAGCAUGCGAAACAAGCGAUUCUGGAACUGAGAGACAAAGUUCAAGAUAUGCUUUUCCAAAUCGUAAAGGAACUUCAUCCAAUCUAUUCAGCUAGCAGUAGAUUUGGAAAUCUUUUGCUUCUUCUCCCAACUAUUACGACUCUUUCCGGUUUGAUGUCUGAAAACAUGCAUUUCUGUCAAGCACUCGGAGGAAGAGCCAGUGGAGAUAAUCUUCUAGCUGAAAUGUUUGGAGAUCGAGUAUUUGAUGAUCAGAUGAUAAGCAGCAGUAUCAGUCCACCACUUUUUGAAAAUCCAGCUGAAAUUUGUUUGGAGAGUAUUUCUCCACCGAUGGCAGAUCGAAGAUUCAUUAAGAAGACGGAUGUGGCAACGCAGACAAAUGAGGACUUGUUGUCUUCAGGACCAUAUCUUCCACACUCGAAUUCAUGCACUUCCUUGCUGAACUCUGGAUAUUCACCUCCAAUGUUGUCAUCCUCACCAUUCCCACUUCUGGAUGAUAAUGAUGAUGCUUUCCAAAACGAUAUCAGUUUGACUGAAUUGAAUGGAUGCGAAGAGUUCUUCAACCAACUUUUGGAUGAUCAACCAAUGCUCGACACCUAA